GGGAUGUCCGCCCGGGCAGAAGCCGGCAUGGCUACCAAGGGGAGCGACGAUCAGGGCGGGUGGGCGACGGGGGAGGCUGCGGCCUCCCGGGACGUGGCCGGUGUGCGCCUUACCCCGCCUGAGCUGCGCUUCGUCGACGCUGUUCCCGGGGGUCGCUACCGGGCCGUGCUCAGUGUACAGAACCUGCAGACCAACAGCUGCUUCCUUCACUUGGUGCCUCCGGAACGGCCUCAGUUCAAACUGAUUGUUGAAAAUCCAAAGAAACCACUUGCUUCCGGUCUUCACCUAACAGCCACUGUGGAAUACUAUCCAGACACUGAAGAAAACCUCCGGGACAGGAUACUUCUUCAUGCAGGAAAAAAGAUAGUUGAGAUUCCUGUAUUAGGGUAUGAGAUGAGCAGAUCCAGAAGUGGAUGUACAUUCAAGAUAAAAUAUAGAGGAAGUGUUCCCAUUGUUAUAACACCAAGCACUGGAGUGGUGGAACCUCAGACAAAACAGCUGGUUAAAAUGGAGAUCUGCACCGAUGUACCCAGAAUAAUUAAUCAACCAGCCAUUGUGGAAUUGCAGGGGCGGCCCAGUGUGGAGAUAAUGAUCAAAGCGAACAUAGUGGAGCAAAUUCUUGAGGUUUUGGGUGUGCCUCACUCAAGUACAAUACAGUGUGUUGAUUUUGGAAGUGUCUAUUUUGGAACCUCCAAGACUGAAGAAGUUAUUCUUCACAAUAAAAGUCCAGAGCCAAUGGAUUGGGUUGCAGUCCUGCAAGAUAACACUGUUGGCAUAGAGAUGGGUACAGAUAUUCAAAAGAGUACAGAUGCUGUUUUAAACAACUUGCAUCACACUGAUGGACAACCCGAAACAGAUGCUUCUACUUUAAUUGCCUGCAUUCCAGAUGAAGGGACUCUACAGCCAUAUCAGAAAAUUGUCAUUUCUCUUUGUUUUAGUCCAAAGCAGCUGAAAAGAGAUCAACACCUUGAAGGAAUGCCACCAAGACAAGAUUAUGCUCUUUUUCUGAAAUUCGAAGUGGUUGGAAGUAAAGAUGACUUCUUCAAAGCAGUAACUCGAGACUAUCCAUCUGUUAGUGCAAAUAAUCCUCAUCAGGUUGAAUUGGGCUUGACAGGAUCAGGGCUCCCAGUUAUGCUGACAUUCAUUCCAGGACCACUUGUUAAUUUUAUGGAGUGUUACAUGGGUGAACAUACGGAUAUUCUUUGUACUCUGAAAAAUGAAUGUGAUAUUCUUCCAGUGUCAUAUGCUUUUCGAAAGAUUGCACAUUACAGUAUUUGUCCUCAAAAAGGAAAAAUUAAAGCAAGUUCUUCACAGGAUGUGGUGUUUUCAUUUGUUCCACGUCACAUAGGAGUCUUCAUAAUGAGGCAGGUGGUAGAUAUUAUUGGUCCAGUACCAGAGGAGAACAGCUUACCAACUCUGAAUAUGAAGCCUUUCCAUCAAAUAUACUUAGAUUUCUCUGGCCUUUGCAAGUCUGUAACCAGUAAAGUUGUACUGAAAGUCAACUCUGGUUUGACACCAUUGAUUUCCAAUGCAAUGGGGGUAUUUACAACUAAAAAGGCGGAACAGCAUAGUGAUAUUCCACCAGCAGCAUUGCUAAAAUCAAAUCAGACACAACUUCAUGCUCACCGGAUUAACAGAAACUUGAGCAAUGCAAUAAUAGCUCUUCCUAAUGAUUGUCCAGCCAGCCUGAGGCCUGCUGAAUUGCAUAAGAAUUACAGGACAAUUUUCACAAAAGUUGCCAGAUAUAGUUAUCUUGAUCCAGAGUUUUCUUAUACGGUAUAUGAAGAAUUGGAAAGACAAGAGAAUGAGGACCACUAUGCAGACUAUAUUCGGGAUCUAAGAGAGCACCGUUUGCAUAAAAAAGCUGCUCGGGUCUUUGAACUACUUAAUAAUCCUGUGGACAUAGGUUUAAAACCAGCAUCAGGAUUGAAAUCGCCAAGGAUCAAAAUUUUACAGAGAGAGAAAUUAGAGAAAGAAGAUGCUUUUGUACAUAAAAGUAGUCUUCUAACUAGUCGCCAGCUAGCAGAAACUGAAUCUAAAGCUGUAGAUAAAGAGGCUAGAGAUGGACUUAACCCCGUACCAUCUUCUCCACAAGAGAUAGAAGACUGUAAUUCAAUGUUGACAUCGAAGCAGCUUCAUCAGAUAUUCAUUGGCCCUUCCACCAUUGACUUUGGAGAAGUCUGUGUGCAUUCUACAUCUACCAGGAAAAUGCAUAUUGUAAAUAAUUUGCCUAUACAUGUCUGGAUUCAAGUAGAAAUUGAAAGUGAAGAGCUGCAACAGACCAGCCCGUUGUCUCAUGUCAUGCCACCUUUUACGAAGACUUCUAUUCCAGUAGUAUUUGAGAACAACAAAUUAGGAAACUUUCGAAAGUCUUUCACAUAUACAAUAAACCAACAUCACACUGGAUAUGUGCUAGUGUUAGCAAAAAUAGUACCCAUAGCCUUGGAGCUAUCUACAAGAGAAUUGACUUUAAACCCCACCUAUAGCUUCUUAGCAGAAAGUGGAUUUAGAACAACAGUCACACUAUACAAUCGCAAAAACUAUCCUGCAGAAUUCACCUGGAAGCCUAUAAUCACAGAUCAAGGAAUGGCAUUUUCCAUAUGCCCAGAGAAAGGAAUUGUAGAAGCAUAUCAAGAUCUAGAGUGUGAGGUAGUUUGGCGCCCAAGCUUCUCUGCUCCAACAACAGGAGAAUUUGAUCUGUGCGUACAUCAAGGAAAAACACUUAAACUAAAAUGCUUUGCCAAGCUUGGCUCUACUACUGUUCAGUUCAAGGAACAAAGGAUCACCUUUAACCAUGCUCCUCUGCAUUUAACUACUUUCAGGACAGCCGUUCUUCAAAACCUGGGCUAUAACCAUGCAUAUUUCCAGGUCCUUGAUGCCAACCCUCUGCCUGGAAUGAUAAUCACUCCUCUUCAGGGUGUAGUACCUGUAGGAAGCUGCACUGAAAUAAAAAUUUACUUCAGACCCAGUGGAAUAAUGAAAUUUGAUAGCAGAGUGGAGGUAGCAGUACGGAAUGCAAAAUCUUUGGAAUUUAGGAUUGGUGGAUCUGUAGAGACUCCUAACAUAGACAUCAGUGAGAAAUCCUUUAACUUUCCUGGUGUUUAUGUUGGCUCUACUCAAGAAAUUCCAUUUUUUAUUGAGAACAAAGGAAGGGCACGUGCCAUGGUGGCAAUGGAUUUAUCCAAACAUGAAGCCUUUACGCUACAUUUUAGUUUUCAACCAGCUUCCUCCAUUAAAUUGGCUUUUGGGGACAGUGUGUCCACCAACUCCUCUAAGACUCCAGACAAACAAGGAGUGGCAGCAUAUGACUUCAAUCUCCCAAUAGACAUUAAUGUUGGUGAGACUCAAUCUUCACUGAACACCAAGAAAAGGGCAAGCCCUGCUGGCUCAGCAAAGCAUAUCAUUGUCCCACGGCCUCAGUCAUUGAAUAUGCCUACUCAAGUAUGUAAAGUUCAAGCAACUGUAUUACAGCCGCCACUGCAGGUUUCUCCUUUAGAGCUGGUAUUUCAGUAUAGUAUGAGAACCAUCAACUUGGGUGUUAUAAGUGACAGCAAUAACAUAAAGAAGUUGCAUCUAAACAAUAUUUCAAAGAAACAGGUAAAUUGGAGGCUUGAUCUUGAUGCUGCAGGCAAAGCAGUAGAGGAUGGUAUCUUCAAAUUUAGUCUGCAUACUGGAAUUCUCUAUCCUGGCCAAUAUACAGUUAUUACUAUAUGCUUCUGUCCAUGUUGGCCUGGGGAAUACACAGCUCAAGUGCCUGUGUUUCUGAACAAUGAGAAGUCUGUUUACAGAACAGUGAGUUUAUCUGGGGCUCUGAAGUCACCCAAGAUCACCUUUGAACCACAGCUAUUGAUACUGACUCCUGUUCCUCUCAAUGUGAAAACAGGAGCGAAUGUCUGUAUAAUCCCCCAUGAUUACUUAAGAUCAUCGUCGUUACAAGUUGAUAUCCCUGAGAUAGACAAUGAUGGUGAGGAUGAGGAAGAGAGUAAUCCCUUAACAGUGGACUUUCCCAAUGGCAAUGAAAUUAAAAUAUCAAGAGAAGGAAACCGUAUUGGAUUCACCUGCUGUGUUAAUUUCAGUUCCUCAAAGCCAUUAUCCUUUUUGAAAAACCUGUUCUUCAUUGAUGAUGAAAAAAACAGAUUCUCACUUCAGGUGUGUGCAACAGCAGACAAUUGUCUCCUUACUGUGUACCCCUACUUGGCUUGCCACCUAACUGACCAACAAAUUUUCCUGAGAAAUGAAUCUGCUGAGAUAAUUUAUAACACUGCAGACUCUUUGCAACGUCCAUGCUAUGUUCCUGGAUCAUGUUCACAAAUAUCAUCCAGUACCUUUGACACAAUUACCAACUCUGCAUAUGAAACUUCUGUUGCAGAAUUGGAAAAGACACUUGAUAAUGAAAGGAUAAAGAAAAGUGAAUCUUUUGGUGACAGUGGACGAAUUAGGAGCAAAUGUGAACAGUCAUUUUUUCCAGCAGAAGGCACAGGGGAAUAUACCUUUUUCCAGAAAGUAAUUACAGCAGUUCAGAAGUGGUUUUCUCUCUUCGGUUGGUCUAAAGGACCAAAUCCUAUUUCCAUCCCUCAUUCUCUAAGACGAGAUGUAUGUAAAAUUCAGAUGACAUCAUCUGAUGAAAAGCUUAAAUUAAACUUUAGUAAAGAUAUCAAGACCAUUUAUGACAUGCUGCUCCAUCUGAGUGGCCAAUUACUACCUGGAAUUAGUUCAAGCCAGUCCUUGCCAUUUGAUCCCAUUCAGCGAGUGGUACAGCUCCAUUGGCAACAUGCUACAAUGAUCACCUUUCUCAAAGGUCAAGGAGCAUCCCUUUCUCAUGUUUUGCCUGAGUUUCUUCUUGAUUUUGAGGAUUAUAAGAAAUGGACCCAUUUACAGCUUAUGGUGAAGGCUAACACACUUAGCCCUCUCGAAAAUUACAUUUAUUUUUUGGAUGACUGUCUAUUUGAGGCUAUGAGCAAAAGAGCAUGGACAGAUGUGCUGCUUCAAAUAUACAAGAUUUUGGUUCUUCAGCGUGUCUCUGUUAUUGAGGACAAUUAUCAGAACAAUUCAGAUGAUGUGGAACACAUUCCAAGAAUAAGUGUUAAUCCUCUGUCUAGCAAUAUAUAUUCUUCACAUGAAAGAAUUCUUCUUAUUUGGUUGAACAGACAUUUUGAGAAGAUGAGAAAAAUUGUGUGGAAAGAUUGCAGGAAAGGUGAUGUACCCCCAACAAGAUGGAUUGUAAACUUCGACAGAGAUCUACUUGAUGGGCUUGUUCUUGCUGCACAGUUAGCAAGCUAUUGCCCUUAUUUGAUUUCAACUCACUUUGUGAGUAUGUAUACUUCUCCAAAAAUGUCUGAGCAAUAUUUUCACAAUUCCUUGAUCCUUGUAAAUGCUUUCCAUUCAAUAAACCUUGACAUAGAGGUCCUGGCUACUGACAUCUUUGAUCCAAAUCCAGUUAUGAUGCUUAUGCUUUGUGUCUAUUUGUACGAGCGGCUUCCUCAAUAUUUACCACAAAAAUCUAUUGAGUUUGUUGGUCCACUUCAUGCUACUGUUGUUAGAAAGAUACAGUUGAAAAACCCAAGUGUGAAACCUUUGGUGUAUAACGUUACAAUUUUGGGGCGAGAUUCUGCAGAUUUUACAUUACCCAAAGGAAAUACUGUUACCAUUCCAUCAAAGAGCCAAGUAAGCAUAGCAGUGAAAUUUACUAGUCGCUUCUUGUAUCCUGCUGAAGCUGUGCUGCUGCUUGUUUCCAAGGCUUUAACUGGAGUCGCUGGGGUUACCAUGACAUUCUCCCUGGUGACCAAGAUUAGCCAUGUGAAACCUGCUGGUACAUUCAAAUGCAAAUCUUCAUGUUAUGAGUUGAAGAAAUGUAGUCUACAAGUUACUAGUCCUUUCAAAAUUCAUGGACCAUUCAGUGUCAUUUUAGUUGAAUCAACAAGUUGCAUCAUGGAUCCUGAGAUGCUGAAUCAAAUAAAUCAAAUAAAACAAGGAAAAGUAAAAAGUCCUGAAGUGGACAUCCUUAAAAAUACAGAUGGUGUUGUAGGUGUUCCUGGAUUUUACAAAGAAGGGGACAGCCCAAGCACUGCUAAUGAAUCAAACUGCUUACAAGAGUUCUUCAGCCCAGCAGAUAUAAUGUUCCUGGAGAGAGAAAGUUCUAAAACUCUUGAAAUACACUAUCUUCCUUUUAAUGUGGGAAAACGUUAUUGUGCAAUUAUUUUGGUCAAUGAACAGAUUGGAGAAUUUGUCUACCUGGUGGAAGGAACAUGUGGCUUACCUUUACCUUCAGGCUUGCUUCCAAUGGACAGCCCAAAUGUUCUGUGCAGUAGGAAUAUGCCAGAAGGCCAGAAUGAAAUGCAGCCAGUUCUUUUUCUGAAGUGUUGCCUUACUAAUAUUCUUCGGGAAAAGCUGAAAAUCCCCCUAAUCAAUGAAGCUAGAGAGAAAGCUCUGGCUAUUGCAGCACAACAACAGAUGUCUGCUUUGGAGUAUGAGCGAAGAAAGGUCACAGGGACACUUGAGAGUAGCAGUGUUCGAGUUGCAGUUGCAGUUCUUGGACUAUCAAAAGUUGAGAAAGAUGCUCUGCGUAACUGUCCUCAAUAUUCCGAAAAAAAUAUUGAAUUCCAUGUAGAAGUAAGCAUGCCUGAGUGUUUUGAAGUCCCUGAAAAAGUAUAUAUACCUGUGUUGUCAUCAUGCAGAGUUAAUUCCAUACAUCCAGGACAAAAAGACUACUUGUCUGCAGAAGGAACAGAACAUGAUGCAGUUGAGCUUCCUAUAAAGUUUAUACCCAAAUGUCCUGGGCGGUAUCCUUGCCAGAUUCUCCUGCAAUCCAAAUAUGAUGUCCGGCUCUUUAGGAUUGAAUGUGUGGUGAAUACAGAUACUGCUGAGGCUGAACUAGAAUUCGUAACUCCAGCAUAUCAGGCCGUGAUACAAGACAUCCCAAUAACUAACAUGAGUCAACAAGAUUGGAAACUUAAUGCCAUUAUAAAGGGGUGCUGGUUUUUUGGCCCUCCUCUUAUAUAUGUUGCCCCAGGUGAAACAACUUCUUACACCCUCACGUUCAAGCCGACUGCUGAAUGUGUUACUAAGGGGAAGCUUAUAUUACAGAAUGAAGCAGAUGGCACAAGUCAUAUCUUUCUCCUGAAAGGGACUGCAACAAAACCAUUGGUGCUGGACCAUAUUAAGAUAGAUUGCCAAGUCGGACGAAUUACAGAGAAGGUCAUAAUGGUGCCCAAUUUUACCAAGAGUGAAUUGAAAUACAAGGUAUCUUCAGAUCUUCUAAUAGUCGGUGGUGACCCAACUCUCACUGUGGAACCUGGUGACACAGCUGCUUAUACUCUGAAUAUAUCCCCAUGGAAACGUGGAGAAUUUAAAGGUGUAAUUGUAUUUGUUGCUGAAGAUGCAGAACAACAGCAAAACAACUUACUGCAGAAGACAGAUGGUAUACAGACCUCUCAGAAAGUGCCAACAGAGGCAUUGCAAACAGUCAAUGCAGCAGACACUGGAAUAGAAGUUGUAUUGCAGCCAGAGGAAAUAAUGAUCGUUCCUGGAACCACAAGCAGUAAAAGGUUUUGUGGUGGAUGGCAUAUGUGGCACAAAAAUCUCUGCGCAUUUGAUACUGUUUUUUCCCGCCUUUUUUCUUUUAUGGCCUCCAAGGCACCUUCUUCACCGAAAGUUACUUUUAAAAGCUGUGCCGCCUGUUCUAAAAAGAUCCCAUCGACAGACGGCCAUCGUUAUUGUUUAUUUUGCCUUGGGAAGUCACACGUCCCCCAGACCUGCCGCCAUUGUGAAAGGUUUACUCGGCAGGGCUUGAGACUUAGAGAACAACGUCUUCGGGCAGCGCUUUGGGAAAAAUCCCUAACCGCCCCUACUAUGGCGACUACCUCUGCGCCUGCAGAUUCGGGUCCCUUACCCGGCCCUAAGACCAGGGGCAAUGGUAAACCGACUACGUCUACCAAGAAGGCUCCCAAAAAAUCCAAGCCUCCUAAAAGUCAAGCCACGGCCGCCAUUCCUCCUCCGCCCUCCCCUGCGGCCAUGCCUCAACUACAACCGUCGCCUUCCUUGCCUGCUCUUACCCCGCAAUCUCCUAUUGAAAUUCCGUCGCAGGCCUCGUCUCCAGCUUCUUCCCCAGCCUCAUUACCACCGCCUGUCGAUACGCCGGAUAUACCACUCUUCCCAUCCCCUCAGAGGAAGAGAAAGGCUAAAACAAGGCAUUUGGAAACAGCCUCUGGAGAUUCCCGGUCUCCGAGCCCCUCGGGACCGAAGGUCUCCCCCCACGGGGCUGGACAUGUUCGCCCCAAGAAACCUAAGAGGAAUGGGACUAUGGAGGACAGAGCCGCUCCGCUUAAACUCUCUAAGGGUUACUUGAAGAAAUGGCGGAAACAGAUGCAAAAGCUUUAUGACCCGCGGCUUCUAUACAGCCUGGUUGUGCGGAGUUCCUCGUCAGACUCCUCUUCCUCUUCAUCGGACUCCUCCGAUUUCUCGGUACUGUCGGUACCGUCAGCCCGCGAGACCGAAAGAGAAGGACACCGGCACGCCCCAUCGGUACCGUCAUUCCCCGAUACCGGGGUGAAAGGGCUUCAGCCGGUACCGGAAGAGCCCUCGUCCCUAAGGAAGCCCAAGCACCAGGCUACUACCGCGGACCGGGCGCGCCCUCCAGUUCCGAUACCGAGCGGUAUCCCGCGCCGCACUACAACCGAUACCGAUGUCGGUACCGCGCCAUUCGGUACCGACGCUGUGCCCCCAAAGCGUAAGCGUCCUCACGAUCCG